AGGAGGCAGCAGCAGCAGGGAGAGGAGGGAGGCGUGUGAGCUGCGCUCCAUCAGACAGCUCCUUCCAGCCUCUCUGCCUGGCGCUGUCCAGGCUGUCUUCACCAGCAUGGCCCUGCUUGUCCACCUCAAGACAGUCUCGGAGCUGCGGGGCAAGGGCGACCGGAUCGCCAAAGUGACUUUCCGAGGGCAGUCCUUCUACUCCCGGGUCCUGGAGAACUGUGAGGAUGUGGCCGACUUUGACGAGACAUUCCGGUGGCCAGUGGCCAGCAACAUUGACAGAAAUGAGAUGCUGGAGAUCCAGAUUUUCAACUACAGCAAAGUCUUCAGCAACAAGUUAAUCGGGAGCUUCCGCAUGGUGCUGCAGAAGGUGGUGGAGGAGAACCACGUGGAGGUGACUGACACGCUGAUCGAUGACAAUAAUGCUAUUAUCAAGACCAGUCUGAAUGUGGAGGUUCGGUAUCAGGCUGCAGAUGGCACGGUGGGCUCCUGGGAUGAUGGAGACUUCCUGGGGGAUGAGUCUCUUCAGGAGGAAGAGAAGGACAGCCAGGAGACAGAUGGGCUGCUCCCCAGCUCCCGCCCCAGCUCCCGGCCACCAGGCGAGAAGAGCUUCCGGAGCAAAGGCAGAGAGAAGACCAAGGGAGGCAAAGAUGGCGAGCACAAAGCCGGGAGGAGCGUGUUCUCUGCUAUGAAGCUCGGCAAGAGCCGGACCCACAAGGAGGAGCCCCAAAGGCAAGAUGAGCCAGCGGUGCUGGAGAUGGAGGAUCUUGACCACCUGGCUAUUCGGCUGGGGGAUGGGCUGGACCCCGACUCGGUGUCCCUCGCCUCUGUCACAGCUCUUACCACCAAUGUCUCCAACAAGCGAUCCAAGCCAGACAUUAAGAUGGAACCAAGUGCCGGGCGGCCCAUGGAUUACCAGGUCAGCAUCACAGUGAUCGAGGCCCGGCAGCUGGUGGGCUUGAACAUGGACCCCGUGGUGUGUGUAGAGGUGGGCGAUGACAAGAAGUACACAUCCAUGAAGGAGUCCACGAACUGCCCCUACUAUAAUGAGUACUUCGUCUUCGACUUCCAUGUCUCUCCUGAUGUCAUGUUUGACAAGAUCAUCAAGAUCUCGGUGAUUCACUCCAAGAACCUGCUGCGCAGUGGCACCCUGGUGGGUUCCUUCAAAAUGGAUGUGGGGACCGUGUACUCCCAGCCCGAGCACCAGUUCCAUCACAAGUGGGCCAUCCUGUCCGACCCUGAUGACAUCUCUGCCGGGCUGAAGGGCUACGUGAAGUGUGAUGUCGCCGUGGUGGGCAAGGGAGACAACAUCAAGACGCCACACAAGGCCAAUGAGACUGAUGAAGAUGACAUUGAGGGGAACUUGCUGCUCCCUGAGGGGGUGCCUGCUGAACGCCAGUGGGCCCGCUUCUACGUGAAAAUUUACCGCGCGGAGGGGCUGCCCAGGAUGAACACAAGCCUCAUGGCCAAUGUGAAGAAGGCUUUCAUCGGCGAAAACAAGGAUCUUGUGGACCCUUACGUGCAAGUCUUCUUUGCUGGCCAGAAGGGCAAGACUUCAGUGCAGAAAAGCAGCUAUGAGCCCCUGUGGAAUGAGCAAGUUGUUUUCACAGACCUGUUCCCUCCGCUCUGCAAACGCAUGAAAGUGCAGAUCCGGGAUUCCGACAAGGUCAACGAUGUGGCCAUCGGCACCCACUUCAUCGACCUGCGCAAGAUUUCCAAUGAAGGAGACAAAGGCUUCCUGCCCACACUGGGCCCUGCCUGGGUGAACAUGUAUGGUUCCACACGCAACUACACGCUGCUAGAUGAGCACCAGGACCUGAAUGAUGGCCUGGGGGAGGGCGUGUCCUUCCGCGCCCGCCUCAUGCUGGGCCUGGCAGUGGAGAUCUUGGACACCUCCAACCCCGAGCUCACCAGCUCCACAGAAGUGCAGGUGGAACAGGCCACGCCUGUCUCAGAGAGCUGCACAGGGAGAAUGGAAGAAUUCUUUCUAUUUGGAGCCUUCCUAGAGGCCUCAAUGAUUGACCGGAAGAAUGGAGACAAACCAAUCACCUUUGAGGUGACCAUAGGCAACUAUGGGAAUGAAGUUGAUGGCCUGUCACGACCCCAGAGGCCUCGGCCCCGGAAGGAGCAUGGGGAUGAGGAGGAAGUAGACCUGAUCCAGCACUCGAGUGAUGAUGAGGGUGAUGAUGGUGGGGAUCUGGCCUCGGUGUCCUCCACCCCACCCAUGCGUCCCCAGAUCACCAACAGAAACUACUUCCAUCUGCCCUACCUGGAAUGCAAGCCCUGCAUCUACAUCAAGAGCUGGUGGCCAGACCAGCGCCGCCGCCUCUACAAUGCCAACAUCAUGGACCACAUCGCAGACAAGCUGGAGGAAGGCCUGAAUGAUGUGCAGGAGAUGAUCAAAACGGAGAAAUCCUACCCUGAGCGCCGCCUGCGCGGGGUGCUGGAGGAGCUCAGCAGUGGCUGCCACCGCUUCCUGUCCCUCGCCGACAAGGACCAGGGCCACUCCUCUCGCACCAAGCUGGACCGGGAGCGCCUCAAAUCAUGCAUGAGAGAGCUGGAGAGCAUGGGGCAGCAGGCCAAGAGCCUGCGCGCUCAGGUAAAGCGGCACACGGUGCGCGACAAGCUGAGGCUGUGCCAGAACUUCCUGCAGAAGCUGCGCUUCCUGGCAGAUGAGCCCCAGCACAGCAUCCCUGACGUCUUCAUCUGGAUGAUGAGCAACAACAAGCGCAUCGCCUACGCCCGCGUGCCCUCCAAAGACCUGCUCUUCUCCAUCGUGGAAGAGGAGCUGGGCAAGGACUGCGCCAAGGUCAAGACGCUCUUCCUCAAGCUGCCAGGGAAGCGGGGCUUCGGUUCAGCAGGUUGGACUGUACAGGCCAAGCUGGAGCUCUACCUGUGGCUGGGCCUCAGCAAGCAGCGGAAGGAUUUUCUGUGUGGCCUGCCCUGUGGCUUCGAAGAGGUCAAGGCGGCCCAGAACCUGGGCUUGCACUCCUUCCCACCCAUCAGCCUGGUCUAUACCAAAAAACAGGCCUUCCAGCUCCGAGCCCACAUGUACCAGGCCCGCAGCCUCUUUGCCGCCGACAGCAGUGGGCUCUCUGACCCAUUUGCCCGAGUCUUCUUCAUCAACCAGAGCCAGUGCACAGAGGUGCUGAACGAGACACUGUGUCCCACCUGGGACCAGAUGCUGGUGUUUGACAACCUGGAACUGUACGGUGAAGCUCAUGAGUUGCGGGACGACCCUCCCAUCAUUGUCAUCGAGAUCUACGACCAGGACAGCAUGGGCAAAGCCGACUUCAUGGGCCGGACCUUUGCGAAGCCCCUGGUAAAGAUGGCAGAUGAGGGGUACUGCCCGCCCCGCUUCCCGCCCCAGCUCGAGUACUACCAGAUCUACCGUGGCACUGCCACAGCCGGAGACCUGCUGGCUGCCUUUGAGCUCCUGCAGAUUGGACCAGCAGGGAAGGCUGACCUGCCCCCCAUCAAUGGCCCAGUGGACAUGGACCGAGGGCCCAUCAUGCCUGUGCCUGUGGGCAUCCGGCCCGUGCUCAGCAAGUACCGCGUGGAGGUGCUGUUCUGGGGCCUGCGGGACCUGAAGCGGGUAAACCUUGCCCAGGUAGACCGGCCACGGGUAGACAUCGAGUGUGCAGGGAAAGGGGUGCAAUCGUCCCUGAUCCACAACUACAAGAAGAACCCCAACUUCAACACCCUGGUCAAGUGGUUUGAAGUGGACCUCCCAGAGAAUGAGCUGCUGCACCCGCCCUUGAACAUCCGCGUGGUGGACUGCCGGGCCUUUGGCCGCUACACCCUGGUGGGCUCCCACGCCGUCAGCUCCCUGCGCCGCUUCAUCUACCGGCCCCCAGACCGCUCGGCCCCCAACUGGAACACCACGGUCAGGCUUCUCCGGGGCUGCCAUGUGCUGUGCAAUGGGGGUCUCUCCUCUCACCCCCCAGGGGAGGUCGUGGUGAGCAUGGAGCCAGAGGUGCCUGUCAAGAAACUAGAGACCAUGGUGAAGCUGGAUGCGACUUCUGAUGCUGUUGUCAAGGUGGAUGUGGCCGAGGAGGAGAAGGAGAAGAAGAAGAAGAAGAAAAAGGGUAUCGCAGAAGAGCCUGAGGAAGAGGAGCCGGAUGAGAGCAUGCUGGACUGGUGGUCCAAGUACUUCGCCUCCAUCGACAGCAUGAAGGAGCAACUUCGCCAGCAAGAGACCUCAGGAGCUGACUUGGAAGAGAAGGAGGAGGCAGACAACACGGAGGGCCUGAAGGGGCCGAUGAAGGGCAAGGAGAAGGCAAGGGCCACAAAGGAGGAGAAAAAGAAAAGAACCCAGAGCCCAGGCCCUGGCCAGGGGUCCGAGGCCUCUGAGAAGAAGAAACCCAAGAUUGAUGAGCUUAAGGUAUACGCCAAGGAGCUGGAGUCUGAGUUUGACAACUUUGAGGACUGGCUGCACACGUUCAACCUGCUGCGGGGCAAGACAGGGGACGACGAGGACGGCUCCACUGAGGAGGAGCGCAUCGUGGGCCGGUUCAAGGGCUCUCUCUGCGUCUACAAAGUGCCACUCCCAGAGGACAUAUCUCGGGAAGCCGGCUACGACCCCACCUUCGGCAUGUUCCAGGGCAUCCCAAGCAACGAUCCCAUCAACGUGCUGGUCCGAGUCUAUGUGGUCCGGGCCACAGAUCUGCACCCUGCAGACAUCAAUGGCAAAGCGGACCCCUACAUUGCCAUCCGGCUGGGCAAGACCGACAUCCGAGACAAGGAGAACUACAUCUCCAAGCAGCUCAACCCCAUCUUCGGGAAGUCCUUCGACAUCGAGGCCUCCUUCCCCAUGGAGUCCAUGCUGACGGUGGCAGUGUAUGACUGGGAUCUGGUGGGCACAGACGACCUCAUCGGGGAAACCAGGAUUGACCUGGAGAACCGCUUCUACAGCAAACACCGCGCCACCUGUGGCAUCGCACAGACCUACUCCAUACAUGGCUACAAUAUCUGGAGGGACCCCAUGAAGCCCAGCCAGAUCCUGACCCGCCUCUGCAAAGAGGGCAAAGUGGACGGGCCCCACUUUGGGCCCUCUGGGAGAGUGAAGGUGGCCAACCGCGUCUUCACUGGGCCCUCGGAGAUCGAGGACGAGAACGGUCAGAGGAAGCCCACAGACGAGCAUGUGGCCCUGUCUGCCCUGAGGCACUGGGAGGACAUCCCCCGAGCAGGCUGCCGCCUGGUGCCGGAACAUGUAGAGACCAGGCCGCUUCUCAAUCCCGACAAGCCAGGCAUCGAGCAGGGCCGCCUGGAGCUGUGGGUGGACAUGUUCCCCAUGGAUAUGCCGGCCCCUGGGACACCUCUGGACAUCUCUCCCCGGAAGCCCAAGAAGUAUGAGCUACGCGUCAUCGUGUGGAACACAGACGAGGUGGUCCUGGAGGACGACGACUUCUUCACUGGGGAGAAGUCCAGCGACAUUUUUGUACGAGGGUGGUUGAAGGGCCAGCAGGAGGACAAACAGGACACGGAUGUGCAUUACCACUCCCUCACCGGGGAGGGCAACUUCAACUGGCGCUACCUGUUCCCCUUCGACUACCUGGCGGCCGAAGAGAGGAUCGUCAUCUCCAAGAAGGAGUCCAUGUUCUCCUGGGAUGAGACAGAGUACAAAAUCCCCGCGCGGCUCACCCUGCAGAUCUGGGAUGCUGACCACUUCUCUGCCGACGACUUCUUGGGGGCCAUCGAGCUGGACCUGAACCGAUUUCCACGGGGUGCAAAGACAGCCAAGCAGUGCACCAUGGAGAUGGCCACUGGGGAGGUGGACGUGCCUCUGGUUUCCAUCUUCAAGCAGAAGCGCGUCAAAGGCUGGUGGCCCUUGCUGGCCCGAAAUGAGAAUGACGAGUUUGAGCUCACGGGCAAGGUGGAAGCUGAGCUGCACUUACUAACGGCAGAGGAGGCGGAGAAGAACCCAGUGGGCCUCGCCCGUAAUGAACCUGACCCCCUAGAGAAACCCAACCGGCCCGACACCGCCUUCGUCUGGUUCCUCAACCCACUCAAAUCCAUCAAGUACCUCAUCUGCACCCGGUACAAGUGGCUCAUCAUCAAGAUCGUGCUGGCCUUGCUGGGGCUGCUCAUGCUGGCCCUGUUCCUCUACAGCCUUCCCGGCUACAUGGUCAAGAAGCUCAUAGGGGCGUGAAGGCUCCCCACCUCCCUCCAGCACCUCUCCAGGGCCUGCUGCACUUGCUCUCCCUGUGGCCUGGACUCUUUCCCAACUGCCCUGAGAGCCCGAGGAGCCCCACAUCCACCUUCAGCCUUGGGUCGGUAGCUCCUCCUGCCUCUUGGGCUGCCAUCCCAGACUGCUGCCUGCCCAGUCCUGCCCUUGUGAUCUUGCCUAUGGGCUGGGGAGCGUGGGAAGGGGUGGGGACCUGGAUCUGAGCCCCUUUCCUCCACACCUUGCUGAGGUUCCACCCUCCUGCAAGCCCUGUUCCAGAGGAAGCUGCCCUGGCCUUCCCCUCCGGCUUCCUAGGCUAGGAACAAAGCUUUAAUGAAAUUAACCAAGGCACAAAGGCUAGUGUCCAGGGCUGUGAAAGAAUAAACAAGCAAAAGUCAUCUCCACCCCAUCUGCAGUGGAGUCUUGAGAGCAGAGUCCACGCCACCAGUCAGCUCUGCAGCACCGAGCCAGCACCGACCACAGCCCUGUGGGCAGCCAGCUGCUCUGCCCGCACUGCUCCCCUUCCUCCUUCCCAGCAGCCACCUGCUGGCAGGUGCAUAGCUCAGUCCUGGGCCUGCCCAUAGGUUUUGGCUGCUUCCCAGGGCAUCCUCUGCCUGGGUGAGUGCCCAGAAGCCCAGACAGACCCCCAAGAAUGAAUCCUGAGCUCCACUGGCUCCACUGUCACAGCAGGACCUUGCACCUAGAGGGCUGUCCCCUGCCUGCAUCUGGGUUCCUAUUGGCUGUUUUUCCUUGCUUGAGUGUGAUUUUUUUUUUUCUCUUAAUAAAAUAAAUCAAGCACUGGGCUGACAAGUCUGCAUUGGUCCUGUGAGAGGAAAGUUGCUGGUGUGGGGUGCAGGGUCAGCAGGUGCUCUUGGUUGGUAAACUUUCCCUUGUGGGUGGCCCAGAGUUCAAGGUGCACCUCCAGCACAGGGUCACCUGCUCAGGCUACCUGUGGGGGAAGCAUCCCCAGAGCCCAGAGGGAACUUCUGGGUUCACGCAGGGGCCCCAAAAGCACUGAAAAAAUCCUUCAGAGCUGGGGACAAUCUGGAGGCUGAAGACUACAGAGGCCAGAGCUCCAGCCUCCAACCACAGCAACCAGCUGCUUGCAGAAACAAGA